AUGUCCUUCGACCGCGCCUUUGACGUCAGCGAAGGCAUCGAAGUGCGCUCCGCCGGCGCCGGCCGCGGCGAGGGCCUUUUUGCGACGCGGCCGCUGCCACGCGGCACGGUGCUCUUCCGAGAGCGCCCACUCGUCGCGAUGGCUGAGCCGGGCCGUGCCCGCGUCGAGACGUGCGAGCGGUGCUGCGCCUUCCUCGGCCCGCUCGAGCGGCAGCUCUGCGCACUGCUCCCGCGCACCGAUUUGCGGGCGCUCCGGCACGCCCGCGCCACCAACCCAAUCUUUCUGCUCGCCGCAAAGUCUGCCGCCGCUGUGCUCCGCCGCCUCGCGGCCGGCGACUCGCCCGACGCCGCCAUGGCGCCGUACCCCGGCCCUGCGUGGGAGGACGCAGUACCGCCGCCGCCAGGCGCCGACGCGGCCGCGUUCCGCGAGACGCUUCGCAAGCUUCUCACGCAGUCGUGGCUGCUGCUCUGCGCCGUCCUCGCGCCGCACACGCCCGCCGCCUCCUCGUCCUCCUCCUCCGCCGCCGCCGCCGCCUCCUCGUGCAUGUUUGCGAGCGCCGCGCUCUACUCUCGGAUCGUCGGCUCGUUCGAGCGCCGCAAUUGCUCAUUGGCGGAGUACUUCCUCGCGGUGGAUGCGAUGCCCGACGGCGAGGCGCGGGCGGCGGCGGAGGCCGUGACCCGCCCGCUGCUUGAGUCGCUCGGCUCGCGCUACCGGACGCACUGCGAUGCUGUGAACGGCGUCUCUUCACGGCUGCAGCUGCUCGCGCUACCGGACGCACUGCGAUGCUGCUCGCGCUACCGGACGCACUGUGAGGGCGUCGGGCUCUACACGGGCCAAGCGCUGCUCAACCACUCUUGCGAGCCCAACGUGACACUGCUCAAGCCGGCGGGCGACGAUGAGCACGACAACCGCGUGGAGCUGCUCAACUCGUACGUCGACGUGUCGCUCCCGCUCGCGAAGCGCCGUGCCGAGCUGCGCGACUAUGGCUUCGAGUGCCGCUGCGCAAAGUGCGAGCGCGAGGCGGCCGCCGACUCAAGCCGCCCCCCUCCGCUGCCAGCAAGCCCCGCGGCACCGCCGCAGCCGCAGGUGCACCGGCCCUCUCUCGCCGCCGCGGCUGGCGGCGUCGCCUCUUUGGCGCAGGCGCAGGCGCAGCAGCUCUCAGCGGGAGGCGCCGCGCCCGAGCAGCGCUCGCGGCGCCGCCUCAAGUGA